AUGUUCGCAUUCGUAUUCAGCACCAUAGCAUUAAAGAGCCUCCUAGAUGCAUAUGUAACUCCGCGGAGUAGUGCUACAGCCUCAAGGAACUACCGUUUAUGCCUGUAUCUUCUAACAUACUCCGGUGUAGUGUUCCGGUCGGAACUGGCAAUCCUCGUAGGCACGAUAACAUUAUAUCUGUUCGCAGCCCAUAGAAUCUCCAUUGCCAAAGUCAUCAUUCCAGCCGGACUCGGCGGACUCUGCAUCGGCCUUCUAUGCACUAUCCCUACUGACUCGUUCUUCUGGCAAUCCUUCCCCUUAUGGCCUGAAUGGACCGCAUUCUACUACAACACGAUCCAAGGGCAUUCUGCCGAUUGGGGCGUCUCGCCUUGGCACUUUUAUUUUGUGAACGCACUCCCCCGGCUUCUCAUGAACCCCAUGAUCUACAUGGUUUGCAUUCCGGUUGCGAUAGUUAACCUUGCAACUCGAGAAAGCACCGUGCAACUUCUCAUACCUCUAUUAGGUUUUGUUGGGCUCUAUAGCAUUCUUCCGCAUAAAGAGUGGCGUUUCAUCAUCUAUGUUGUUCCAGGAAUAACGGCGACUGCUGCCGCCGGUGCUUCCUGGAUCUGGACCCGAAGAUCAAAGUCUGCCAUCUAUACCACGUUGAGCCUGGCUCUAGUGGGAUCUGUUCUGUUCUCCUUCGCCGCAUCCGCCUCCUUGCUGGCCAUAUCAAGCCUGAACUAUCCCGGUGGUGCAGCUCUAGACUUCCUACACCACAGAAUAGAGCAUCCGAUAGGGCGGCAUUUUCAAGUGUACUUCGACAAUCUGGCAUGCCAAACAGGCGUCACAAGAUUCCUGGAAAACCACGAUAGCCCUCAGACCAUUUUAGACGUUCUGGAAACUCAAAAUCUAACUGGCCAGAGAACAUGGAGCUAUUUGAAGACUGAAGAUCCUGAUGCGCUCCUUGAUCCGGGGUUCUGGUCGAGUUUCGAUUAUGUGCUUGCAGAGAGACCGGAAAAGGUGAUUGGAAAGUGGAACGUUAUCCACACCGUUUAUGGGUUCGGCGGUGUUAGAAUUCUCAAACCAGGGGAGAAGAGCAGCGGUCAAGCAAUUGGACAUCUCAAACAUGCCGGGGUGGUUGAAAUUUCGACAGACGUGGUUGCGAAGAUUGCAACAUCAUGGAAGAACUUAGAAGGAAUGCUGAGAGAGACGCUACUGAGGGGAUGGUGGGUUGAGGUCAAGAUGGAGCCAAAGGUCAACAUUCUCGCGAAUCUAGGUUCUCAAAAGAGCUAUAAGGGUUAA